UCUGAACUGUGCUGCAUGUGUGCUCCCGUGUGUGACGGGCAGUCCUGUUGAUCAGAUAAUGAGAUCCAGAGAGGCCGGAGUCCUCGUCUAACCCACCCGGCAGAGAGAGCUGUGCAGUGCGGGGAGGGCAGCGGCGGCGACCGCGGCUCGGGAUGUCUCGUUUGGUGUGGUGCAGGUUGCCCGUUUUGGGGAAGGCUGUUCUCCUGUUUGUGGGGAUCGGCUUCGCGGUGCAGAUUCUGGGGGUCAUCUUUAACAAGAAGAGCCCGGCCCUGGAGAGAGCUGGCCCUCCCCUCCCCGUCUCCGGGGACGCGCCGACCUCCUGCUCUCCUCGAACCCAGGUCAUGUUCCUGAAGACCCACAAGACAGCUAGCAGCACCCUACUCAACAUGCUGUACCGAUUCGGGGAUGCCCGUAAUCUGAGCUUCGCCCUGCCAGUGGGGUACCAGCUGGGGUACCCCCGCCCGUUCCACGCCCGCUACGUGAAGGGGUACAGAAACUGCAGCGGCCAGACAUUCAGCAUCAUGUGCAACCACAUGAGAUUCUACCAGCCUGAGGUCCAGAAGAUCAUGCCCAGGGACACUUUCUACUUCUCUAUCUUGCGUGACCCCGCCUCUCUGGCAGAGUCUGCAUACUCUUACUACAAGAACUCGUGCCCAGCUUUCCAGGGGUCCCGGGCGAUUGACGACUUCAUCGCGGACCCCUGGAGGUACUACUUGCCCCGGCUCCCCAACAGCCACUAUGCCCGUAACCUGAUGUGGUUUGACUUCGGGCUGGAAGGCCACGGGGGCGAGUUCAGCCUCCCCCUGGCCCGGACGGGCGUGGCCACCGUGGAGCGCUCCUUCCACCUGCUCCUGCUGGCUGAGCACUUCGACGAGUCGCUGGUCCUGCUCCGCCACGCCCUCUGCUGGACGCUGGAUGACGUCGUCUCCUUCCCACUGAACUCCCGCAGCGGGGAAGCCAAAGCCCGGCUCAGCCCGGACCAGCUCCGCCGGCUCAGGGAGUGGAACGCCCUCGACUGGUUCCUCUACUCCAGCUUCAACCAGACCUUUUGGGAACGCGUGGAGGCCUUCGGACGGGAUCGGAUGGCCAGGGAGCUGGAGGAGCUGAGGGAGAGGAGGAGGGAGCUGCAGGGGCUCUGCCUGUCCCAGGGAGGCAUCCCGGUGGAAGGGAGAAAAAUCCGAGACCGAGAACUGCAGCCUUUCCAGUACGGCCAAGCGAAGAUCAUGGGAUACAUGCUACACCCAGGACUGGACGCCUCCACCAGAGAGACCUGCCUGCGAAUGGUCAUCCCCGAGCUGCAAUACAAGGACCUGCUAGAUGCCAAACAGUUCCCCAAAAGGGACACGGGGGGUCGGGGGGCUGGGGGGGAGCAGCAGGGGUUGGCCCAUCCUGGGACGGGGAGGGAGGUCGGCACCGACACGCAGGAGACGAUGGGUAAAGGCGAGGCCGAUUCGGAGAGAAACGCAACGCUGACUGGGCUGGCCAGAUAGCAGGAGUGCUGUGUGACUUUUGUGGUUUCUAGUGCCUUCAUCAGUGUUACCGAAACUAAACUGAGUCAAGCAGACCAGCGUUUGGGCUCUAGUGCCUUCAU